GCGAAAUUCUUUUACAUCAUAAAAACCGCAAGGCAAACAAGGAAGUGUUCUUUAUGUACUUUUUAUAAAUUCAUUAUUACCAAUAUACUGAAUUGUAUACUAAGUUUCGUUUGAAUAGUGAACACAAAUAACUGAGUGCUAGUGGGAAUCCUCUGAGCUUUCAGAAAUGGGAAGCCAUUCUAUGCCAUCAAAAACCGUGGUUGUGACAGGGUUUGGCCCUUUCGGAGACCACACAGUCAAUGCCAGCUGGGAAUGCGUUAAAUGUCUUCAAGAGAUGACGCUUGGCGAUGACAUCAGGCUAUUUGUUCAUGAGCUACCUGUGGUUUACACAACUGUGAAGAAGAAAGUUCCGGAAAUAUGGGCUGAUCACAAGCCGGAUCUUGUGGUUCACGUAGGCGUAUCUGGUUCUGCACGUGAGCUAACACUAGAGCAGACGGCACGCAACACGGGAUACCACAGACUGGAUGUAGAUGGAUGCCCAGCAGACAGCAUGUGUUGUGUUGAUGGUGCAGACGAUUGCAUCACGUCUGGUAUAAAUAUGGCUCUCGUCUGCCAAGAACUGAAUGAAGCUAACAUCAAAGUUAAAGCCGUUAUAUCAAAUGACGCAGGAAGAUACCUUUGUGAUUUUUCUUUCUACUCAUCGCUACAUAUAGACCGCAACAGGUGCGCGUUUGUGCAUGUGCCUCCCUUGAACACGCCAUAUACAGUACACGAGAUGGCAGAAGGGCUACGGAUUGCCAUCUUAGCAAUGUUAAAACAAGUGGAACAGUCGACAUGAUCUGGCUGUGAACGCUUUCAUCUUUAAAUUUUAAACCUUUGAAACUAAAAACAUUAUCAGAGAUUUUCUACAUUAUCAACUUACUUAAGUACACUUAAACAUACAUACAUAAUUUUAGUCUACAUGUUUAUACCGAAUGCUGUUUUUGUUUAGAACUUGUUAGAUUGAAAACACUUAUUUAUUAUGCCCACCUUCGAAGAAGAGGGGGUAUAUUGUUUUGCACAUGUCGGUCCGUCAAUCUGUUGGUCGGUUCGUCCGUCCACCAGAUGGUUUCCAGAUGAUAACUCAAGAAUGCUUAGGCCUAGGAUCAUGAAACUUCAUAGGUACAUUGAUCAUGACUGGCAGAUGACCCCUAUUGAUUUUCAGGUCACUAGGUCAAAGUUCAAGGUCACAGUGACUCGAAAUAGUAAAAUGGUUUCCGGCUGAUAAGUCAAGAAUGCUUACGCCUAAGAUCAUGAAACUUCAAAGGUACAUUGAACAUGACUGGCAGAUGACCUCUAUUGAUUUUCAGGUUAUUAGGUCAAAGGUCAAGGUCACAGUGACUCAAAAUAGUAAAAUGGUUUCCGGAUGAUAACUCAAGAAUGCUUAUGCCUAGGAUCAUGAAACUUCAUAGGUACAUUGAUCAUAACUUGCAGAUGACCCCUAUUAAUUUUCAGGUCACUAGGUCAAAGGUCAAGGUCACAGUGAUUCAAAACAGUAAAAUGGUUUCCGGAUGAUAACUCAAGAAUAAUUAGGCCUAGGAUCAUGAAACUUCAUAGGUACAUUGAUCAUGACUGGCAGAUGGCCCCUAUUUUCAGGUCACUAGGUCAAAGAUCAAAGUCACAGUAACAAAUAAAACAUAUUCACACUAUGGCUGCCACUACAACUGACAGCCCAUAUUGGGGACAUGCAUGUUUUACAAACAGUCAUUGUUUUAUCCUUUUCUAUUAUUUAUAGUUUUAUCGUACGCAUGUAAAUAAAUGCCUAUUAUUUAGAGAUAUGUAGAUAUUAACUUCUCCGGUAAAACUUGUUUUUGUUAGAUGAGAAUAAUUUGGUUAGAGCAUGCAGACAAAAAGUUACAAUAAAAUAAAGCUUUCUCACAUACGGUAUGUUGUAUGUGUAAUAGUUUGUUGUACCAUUAUAUUAUUGAUCAUAUGAACAUGUACACUCUAUACUACAGCUAUAUAUUGUUUUGAGAAGUUCAUAAGUGUAUGUAAACCAACUUUAAAAAAUUCAUUUUAGGCCUAUUCAAAACAUCAUCUGUUUCCACUAACAUUGCAAAAGGGGUUGGUAUUUCCGUGGAACUUUUUUGUUUAUGAUAACUUUAUGUCUUUAAUACGUUUAAUAAGGAUAGACAAUGACAUGCUGAAAUCUUCUGGAUCUCUAACUUUCUUUUUUAGUUAUUUUAGUUCAUUGAAUAAAAGUUUAUUUAGCGAAAAUGAUCUAAUGAACCAAACAUUAUAACAAUCAUAGUGACUAUGAUCGAAUUCAGCUUAAAUGCAUGAUCCAAAACUCAACCAGAAAUUAAUUAACCAACCCAUGCGGCAAUGCAAAUUGCGAAUUAGAGGGUGUAUGUAAAGCUCAAUAAGAUCAAUUAGAAGUGUAUUAUUUAUAUCAAGGUUGAUGGGUUCGAUUUUGCUGUAAAUAAUGUCAUUUAUAUUUUAUCACUGAGUGGCAAUAAGUGUGCAGCCAGUCCGGAACCUUAUGCUAGUGAUUUUCCAAGUGAGCUAAAAGGACCGUUUACACAGCUUAUAAAAUCAUUACUGUUGACAUACUUUCAUCCACAUGUGCACCAUGAUAAAACUGCAGGUACAUAUGUCAUUUAUUGGUUUCUGUUUAUUUUUAUGGUUAGAUUAAGUUGCUACUUCAGGAAUUCAAUUUAAACUUCAAUGACCAUGUUCCUAUUCUCCGAUCUGCAAUUUGGCAGAAUUAUUCCCUUUUUGUACACAAUAUUUUUCAAAGCUAACUUUUGUCUGCACCAUCUUAAUAAUAACCAUUGCUACAACAAAUAUUUAAAUAAAUAUUCACUGUUAAGCCCACAGGAGCAUGAUGUGUGGUCACCCUAUGUCCUUAGUUGUGGUCUGUUAUCUUUCAGCUUGUAGACACUCAACAAUAGUUUUAUUCAAAUCUCAACGAAACUAAGUUAGAAUGAUCAUCUGGACAAUAGCUACUUGUAGGUCGAUUUUAAAUCUGGGUCAUGUGCAUUCACAAAAUCAAUCACAAUUUCAAAUCGUAGAAAAUGUCUUGUAAGCACUAUAGAGAACACAUCCAACCUCUAAAACAACUUGGGUUAGAUUGUUUAUUUUAUCAAUAUAUUGGGAAAAUUAAACAAGAAGGCAUGAAAGGCCCAAAGUCGCUCAUCUAAUAUAACUAGAUAUUAUUAGGACAAAUCUUCUGACCAAGUUUCAUGAAGUUCGGAAAAUAAAUGUGGCCUCUAGAGUGAAAACAAGGUUUUACAAUAGCCAUAUAAGGAAAAAUGCCCCGCCCCCUGGCAGCCAUGUUUUUCAACCAACCCGCAUCAUUUUGUAAAUCUUACAAGAUAUUAUCGUGAUGAAUCUUCUGACCAAGUUUCAUGAAGAUCUGGCAGUAAAUGUGUCCUCUACAGUGUUAACAAGAUUUUACUAUAGCCAUAUAAGGAAAAUGCCCCGCCCCUUGGAAGCCAUGUUUUUCAAGCAAACAUAAUUAUUUUCGAACUCAUCCAAGAUAUCAUUGAGACCAAUCUUCUGACCAAAUUUCAUGAAGAUUGGACAAUAAAUGUGGCCUCUACAGUGUAAACAAGGUUUUACUAAAGCCAUAUAUGCCCCCCCCCUCUCUCUCUCUCUCUCUCUUGUCCAAAUUUCGCAGGGAGGCAACUUGCGCACAACACAUUAAUACAUUACAUAUUUUUAGUAGUAACGGAUAAAUAUUGAUGGCACUUA